AUGGAGCCCAUUCAAGUGGUUGUCAAGCACCAAGGAAAGAAGUACGAUGUCGAACUAGACCCCUCAAGCACCGGCGAGACCUUCAAGUUCCAGCUGUUUUCCCUCACCGGCGUCGAGCCCGAACGUCAGAAGAUCCUGGUCAAGGGUGGCCAGCUCAAGGAUGACACCGACCUCUCGAAGCUUAACGUCAAGCCUGGCCACACCUUCAUGAUGAUGGGUACACCUUCCGGAGAUGCCAAGGGUCAGAUUGAGCGUCCCAAGGAGAAGAUUCGCUUCCUCGAGGACAUGACCGAGGCCGAAGCCGCCCAGUCCGCUGGCGCGAUACCUGCCGGUCUCCAGAACCUUGGAAACACUUGCUACAUGAACUCGACGUUGCAGACCCUGAAGUCUAUCCCGGAACUGAGGGAUGAGCUGGUUAAGUACAAGCCUAGUGGUUCCAGCGGCGCCGGCCCAAGUGACUUUAGAGCCUUCGGCCUGGGAGGUCUUGGAGCGUCCUCCGACCUUACUGAAUCUUUGCGCGACCUAUUCAAGCAAAUGUCCGAAACCCAAGAGGGCUUCCCUCCCAUGAUGUUCCUCAACGCGCUACGGACCGCCUUCCCCCAAUUCGCACAGAAGGCCAAGGACGGUCACGGAUAUGCCCAGCAGGAUGCUGAGGAAGCCUGGUCCCAGAUUGUCACGCAGCUCCGCCAGAAGCUGAAGUCGAACGAUGCUUCGCAGGAAGCUUCCGAGUCUUUUAUCGACAAAUACAUGUCUGGCAAGUUUGAGACGGUCAUGGAAUGCGACGAGCAAGCCGCCAAGGACGGAGGCGAGCAGCCAGUCAAGGGCGAGGACACUUUCCUCAAGCUGAACUGCCACAUCACGGCCGAGGUUAACCACCUCCGUGAGGGUCUCGCCGCAGGCAUGCAAGAGAAGAUUGAGAAGAACUCUGAAGUCCUCGGCCGCAACUCCAUGUACACGAAGACUUCCCGCAUCGCGAGACUCCCGAAGUAUCUCCCGGUCCACUUCAUGCGCUUCGAUUGGCGAAAGGAUACGAGCAAGAAGGCCAAGAUCAUGCGAAAGGUCACCUUUCCCCACGAGCUCGAUGCUGUUGAGUUCUGCUCCGAGGAUCUGAAGAAGUUGCUCAUCCCCGUUCGUGACAAGAUCAGAGAGAUCAGGAAGGAGGAAGAGGAUGUCGAGCGGGCCAGGAAGCGGAGGAAGCGCAUCCAGCAUGGCGAAGACGUUGAGCCAGCGGAGCCAAAGGGCAAGGGUCCCGCAAGUGAGACCGAACUUGCCAAGGAGAAGAAGGACUCACAGAAGAAGGCAUCUGGCAGCACAGAUGUUGAUAUGGAGGACGUAGAGUACAAGACUGACGCUCAGAUUGAGGCUGAGCGUACUGCCUCAAUUCUGAAGGCGAAGAAGGAGCUGCUUGAACUGGUCGAUGGAAAGCUUCUUGCCGAUGACUCUUGCAACAAGACCGGGCUUUACGAGCUUCGUGGCGUCAUCACUCACCAAGGUGCUACGGCAGACAGUGGCCAUUACACGUCCUUCGUCAAGAAGGAAGGUCAGAAGGACCCUGUAACCGGCAAGCGCAAGGAGGAAGAUGGCAAGUGGUGGUGGUUCAACGACGACAAGGUCUCUGAGGUCGAUAACGACAGGAUUGAAACCUUGUCUGGCGGCGGCCAAAGUCACUCUGCCUUGAUUUUGCUCUACCGCGCCGUGGGCAUUCCCAGCAAAGAAGAUAUCGCGGAAGCUGAAGAACAGGCCAAGCCUACUGCUUGA